AUGUAUUCGCUCGUUUUCACACUCGCUUCGGUGCCGCUCUUUGCCGGCGUAACCAAUGCUAUUUUGGACGGCAUUGAUGCUCGCGAUGUCUAUGAGGAGAUGGAACACAUCUUUGUUGACAAUAGCGGAACCAACUCUGAUGGCUUCAUCAAUGCAGUCACUCCUUGCAGCAACUAUUUCCAGGACAGAUCUGGCAUUGAAGGAGAGCAAUCCUCUGCCCAAUGGGUUCGCCUCGCCUUCCAUGAUUUCAUCACCGCGGAUAUAGCCGCAGGCACCGGUGGAUUGGAUGGAUCCAUUGCCUAUGAGGGUAAUCGAGCUGAGAAUGUCGGGUUGUUCAUCAAUGAUACUCUGGGAUUUAUGCUGCCAACAAUUAAUGCUUAUCUGAGCAUGGCAGAUAACAUAGCUCUGGGUCUAGUUGCUGCACUUUCCACAUGUAGUGGUGAUUCCACAGGUAUUCAGAUCAGAGCUGGCAGAACGGACGCGAUCGCAGCCGGUCCUUCCGGUGUUCCAGAGCCAACCACGGGACUGGAAGAGACCCUUGCUCAAUUCGCCGCCGCUGGGUUUACACAAGAAGACGCUAUCGUGUCGACAGCUUGUGGUCAUUCUCUAGGUCGUAUUCAUUACACCAACUUUCCAGAUAUCGUUGACAAGAGUGCCGUAACGGGAUCUAAUACUCAUGGUGGCGUGGGCUUUGACGGAACUCCGGCCGAUUUUGACUCAAGUGUUGUUAAUGAAUAUCUCGAUGGUACCGGAACUUUGGGAGGCCCUCUCAUUACAGCCCCUAAUGUUGAUGAUCGAUCCGACCUACGAUUGUACAACUCCGACAGUAACGCCACCAUGGAAAGUAUCUCAGAAGAAGCUACUUUCCGCUCUAGCUGCUUCGACGUAUUUGAGCGCAUGAUCAAUACCGUGCCAGCCGGUUCAAGCUUGACUGAGCCCAUCACUCCUAUGGCUUGGAAAGCAAUCGAACUUGCUACUGACAUCAACUCUCAAGGUGUUGUGUCAAUCGGCGGCCGUAUUAGGAACCUAUAUAAUACUGGUUCUUCACCCAGCACUGUAUCUUAUACCGUCUCGUCUGACGCUGGGGAUCUUACUGCAACAAGCGCAACUUCGUCAGGGACAGGGACGUCACUGUUUGGUAAAACUACCUACUACAACUUCAACACUUCUAUCGAAAGCCCAGGAACAACUUCUUUGGCCUUUGGCGACGUGACGUACCCAAUCAACGAUAACAUCUUCGUGCUCCCUGUCAAAAGUACCACGAGCGGCCGAAACAGUGGCAGUAUUAAGGCCGCAGUUCUCACCUCUCUCAUUUCAUCCGACGGAUUGAAAGUGGUGUUGUACGUGCCCGGCUCAGUCUCAGGCACACGUGCCAGAAGAAUAACCACUCAGACCGUUGCCAUGACGCAGUACUCCACCGCUGGCGAAUACACUCUAUAUCAGGCGAGUGUCAGUGGCAAUAUUGGAUCUGGUUCUGGGACCAUCGUCAAGGUUGUUAUGGGCGAUCUUUCCAGUCCGACCGUGAAGGUGGAUAUCUUUGGGUAA